AUGGCUCCAACAAAUAAAAUCAAGCUAAUAGUUCUUUCUUCGGUUUCUCCGCCGCCGGGAUCAGUCCCUGCAACUUCUCUUCCUCUUACAUUCUUGGACUUACCAUGGCUUCCAUUUCCCCCGGGUCAGCCCCUCUUCUUUUAUCAUUUUCCCAUUUCAACUCUUCAGUUCACCCAAACAGUUCUCCCCAAUCUCAGGCACUCUCUUUCCUUUACUCUCCAGUAUUUCUUCCCCUUCGCCGGAAAAUUGGUGCUGCCACCAGAACCCAACAAGCCCUUUAUUGAAUACACUGAAGGUGAUUCAGUUUCACUAACUGUAGCAGAGUCUGACGGCGACUUCAGUUAUCUCUCCGGUGACGGCCAAAGAAAGUUUGAGGAUCUACACUGCCUUGUGCCCAAGUUACCAGAUGGAGAAAAAGACUCACUUUUGGCUAUACAGAUUACUGUUUUUCCUGGUUGUGGGAUUUGCUUCGGAUUCGCAUUGCGGCCGGUGGUGGCUGAUGGAAGAACAUUCGACAAUUUCUUGAAGAUGUGGGCUUCUCUUACUCGUAAAAAUGGAGGUGAAGAUUUGCACUGUUCAGCAUCAAUCCAUGAUAGGUCUGUGAUACAUGACCCGAGUGGGCUGGAAUCAACUUUCUUGAAAGAAUGGUGGAAAAUAAAAAAAUCAGAAGAAAAGGAAUUAUUGCACUCCACCUGUUCAAAUUUUCAUGAUAUGGUAAGGACCACAUUUGUUUUGGGUAGACCAGAGAUGGAGAAAAUCAAGAAAUGGAUCUUGUUACACGGGUCCAAACAUAUGCUGUUGUCUCCCUAUGUUCUAACGUGUGCAUAUGUAUGGGUGUGUUGGAUGAAAACACAUUGGCCCAUUGACGAAGACUCGGAGAAAAUACAUUAUUUCGGGUUCAUCGCGGGCGGCAUAACCCGGAUGAAUUACCCGGUACCCACGAGUUAUGUGGGUAAUUGCGUUGCAUUUGGUCGAUUAGGGGCAAUAAGGAAAGAUUUAAUGGCAGAAAAUGGAAUUGUCUAUGCUGCGAAAGUCAUAGGGAAUACGAUUAAGAAGUUGGAUGGGAACGUUUUGGGUGGUGCCAAAAAUUGGAUUUCCGAAUGGAAGAUAUUAUUAGAAUCGGAGCUUCAUGUUACGAUAACGGGAUCGCCCAAGUUAAAGUUUUACAGUUUGGAUUUUGGAUGGGGAAGGCCUGAAAAAAUAGAAGUUUCGAUUGAUGAAAUGCGUGCGAUAUCUCUAUGUGAAAGUAGAGAUGUGGUUGGUGGCAUUGAGAUUGGACUCACUCUUCCCAAGUCUAAGAUGGAUCGUUUUAGUUCCCUAUUUAUUAAAGGUCUCAAUAACCUAUUUUAA